AUGGCCGACAUCUACUCAGGAUCAUACAUCAACAUUGCUGCAUCCAACGCUUCACAUUGCGGAGCAGGCUUCCUAGGACCACGGAAGAUGCCAAUGACUGAACGUAUUGAAAUCCACGAUAGCGAAGGUGAUCUAGAAGUAUAUCUCGUCGCUCAACAGACCCGCAACUACGCACUACCAAGCGACCCCCUCGAAACACGAGCCUGGGUCCUCCAAGAACAACUCCUACCAUCCCGCUCCCUCCAUUUUGGCAGCGCCAACAUGUUCUGGCGCUGUCCCGACGGCAUCUCGCACGAAGAGCAAAGGCGAGGCUGGACGCACCUCUACACCCUCGACGCCGUAGUCUACAGCAUCAACCUCCCCAUUGGUGCCGCCAUCGGCCUAGACGCAUGGUUCCAACUCGUCCGCGACUACACCGCCCGCGGGAUAACAUACCCCAAAGACAAAUUCCCCGCCAUCUCAGGCGUCACGACCGUCUUGCAGCGUAUGACUGGCGACGUCUGCGCUGCGGGACUGUGGAAGCGGAAUUUCGCCAAGUGGCUCCUGUGGGUACCUAGGCAUGAUGUUGCGCCUUUUAAACGGUCUGACGUUUGGAUGGCGCCGUCUUGGUCGUUCAUGUCUGGGGAAGGACCUGUGGAUUACGGGUUAGGUGAUCUUACUACAGGUAUGAAUACUUCGCUGCGAGGCUUCUGUGCAUUUCUUGAAGAAUGCAGGGUCGUGCCUAAAGGACUUAAUCUGCUUGGUGAGUUGAAAGAUGGGUGGGCAAAGAUCAGUGGAUCGGUGACCGACGUUACUGCUAUCGGGAAAGAUGUAGCGACAGGGAAGAGUCCGUAUCGGUCGUGUAAGGUGCAGAUGCGCGAUCAAAGCUACCAUGAUGCGCGCGUUCUUUUCGAUGUCGAGGCAUAUGAGGCUUGUGAGGUUCUGAUCGUUGCGCCGGCUUUGGGUGUGGCAAUCAUUAGUACGGACAAAGAGCGGGGCGAGUAUGUGAGGGUUGGACUGGUGGUGAUUAAGAGGGUAAAAUCCGAGGUGAAGAAAGAUCAGUCGAAAGAGUGGUACCCUGAAGCGGAGGACUAUUCCGAGCCACGGUCGAUUGUUCUGCGUUGA